AUGAGCGACACUUCCGCCACCAGCAUGGGAUCCUCAGGCUCCAGCGACCACGAAGAUUGCCCAUUCCACGACGAGCCGCACCAAGGCCUCUGUUACGCAAUCACAAAUCAAGGCAAUGCAUGCAAGCACCUAGCCAAGAUCUAUGAGUCCGGACUUCUUCCAGUCUGUACGAGGCACAACUACGCUGCAGACGACUAUAAGAACUCCAGAGCCGAGCUGCGAGCUGGGCUGUGUCAAGCUAUUUCAGAAUGCGGCCACACCUGCAACCGACUAGCAAAUUACUCCAACCCAUACCACUUUUGUGGGUACCACUCGAACGGCUCCAUCCACUUGCCAUGUCACAUCAUGCAACUCCCGACUGAGCUUCGGCUCAUGGUAUUUCGAUAUCUGUUUCCUGAAGAAGUCUCCAAUUACAGGGACCACGGAGUCGAAGUGGCUAUCCUCAAGGCAAACCGUCAAAUCCAUCAAGAAGCUUCGUCGGUGUUGUAUGGCGAGUCUUACUUUGAGACCGAAGUUCAUCCACAUUCGAUCAAACUGCAAGGCAAGCAGUGGAAACGCGACCCACCUGCUAAGUCCGAGGACAGUUACUCCUUGGAUUCGCUCUUACCUGGAAGCUCACGCCUGAUUCGCAACCUCAACAUACGCUUGGAGGUGGGCGAACAUCUACAAGCCCCGAGGGGAAUCGGCUCCGAUGGCAUCUCCCUCGAAGAUUACAUGCUCUACAUAUUCAGGGAUUCCGUCCGCAAAGUAGUCGACUACUUCACCUCGCACAGCACACGAACAGGUAGCCAGAAUGUCCUCAAGAAGCUGAAGGUAUUCUUCACCAAGCCGGUAUCAGGAGGUCGCCAUCUGUUCUUACAGGAGCCUAGACAAAACUCCAUCUACAUUGCAAACAUGCAAAAGAGGAAAGCGUACCCGAAACUUCGCGAGCAGUGGCUCAACGUCUCCAAAAACCCUGAAGCAUCCAGUGUAUUCAGACCGCAGAACCCCCAGCCCGCGGUGCGAAGCGCUCUUAACAAACUAGAUGCGUUAGUCCAGCUUCUGCGCAUGGAAAACAAGAACAAUUUCCAGCCGUGGAUGGCCUCGGCGUUCCGUGACAUGGCGCGCCCACUGCAUCUCGCUCGCGUGGCAUAUGAAAACGACGACUUGGCCAUGAUUAAUCGCAUUCUCGAGGCGAUCAAACUGCGCUGGAUCAACGCGAAUCGCAAGCAUCAAGCGUCGAUUCGCACCGUCAAGAACUCCAUUGCCGGCAUGCUCGAGUCCAACACAACAUAUGGUCAACACGACGGUGAUCUCCAAGGUGAGCCAUCUCUGGCAAUGUUGUACCCGGACGAGUUUGGAAACUUGGACCUUGAGCAACUCCGGCCGGUAUACGAUCACCUUCAACCUUAUUUGUGGCUGGAAAUCAGCGCUGAGGAUUCGGUCCCUAAACGUGGCGAUUCUGGUGUCGAGUGGAAGAUCGAAGGCGUGAGGGUGCGGGCUCGCAAAGGUGGCAGGGAAUGGGUCCGCUUGAAAACUCUUGAGGUAGUGAGGCAGUUCAGGUCGAUGUGA